UCACCGGUGACACUCUCUCCUUCCUGGAUUACACACCUGUCUCUCCCUCCUUUGCCAACCUUCCCUUCCACUGUAAUCUCUCUCUCUCUCUCUCUCUCUCUCUCAUAUACAUCAUAUAUUGAUUAACUUGUGGUUAGUGAAAAAGGAGAUGGUGAAUUUCAAGGUCUCUCGUGUUGAAUCUGCGCCUAUUGAUGGCCAAAAACCAGGCACUUCUGGUUUGAGAAAGAAGGUGAAAGUAUUCACACAACCUCAUUACUUGCAUAACUUUGUUCAGUCUACCUUCAAUGCCCUUUCAGCAGAUAAAGUUAGAGGUGCUACACUUGUUGUUUCGGGUGAUGGCCGCUACUACUCUAAGGAUGCUAUCCAGAUAAUAAUUAAAAUGGCUGCUGCAAAUGGAGUAAGACGUGUCUGGGUUGGUCAAAACGGACUGCUCUCAACUCCUGCUGUCUCAGCUGUUAUACGAGAAAGGGUUGGGGCUGAUGGAUCCAAGGCAUCUGGAGGAUUUAUAUUAACUGCAAGCCACAACCCAGGUGGGCCCAAUGAGGAUUUUGGUAUCAAGUAUAAUAUGGAAAAUGGUGGACCUGCUCCUGAAGGAAUCACGGACAAAAUCUAUGAGAACACGAAAACAAUAAAGGAAUAUCUGAUUGCUGAAGACCUGCCAGAUGUGGAUAUCUCUGUAGUUGGUGUUACAAAGUUUGAGGGUCCUGAGGGUCAAUUUGAUGUUGAUGUAUUCGAUUCGGCCAGUGAUUAUGUGAAAUUGAUGAAGUCAAUAUUUGAUUUUCAGUCUAUCCAGAAGUUAGUUGCAUCUCCACAAUUCUCAUUUUGUUAUGAUGCACUUCAUGGAGUUGCCGGUGCUUAUGCUAAACGUAUAUUUGUUGAAGAACUUGGUGCACAGGAGAGCUCAUUGCUAAACUGCGUGCCAAAGGAGGAUUUUGGCGGAGGACAUCCAGAUCCCAAUCUGACCUAUGCAAAAGAAUUGGUAGCACGUAUGGGGUUGGGUAAAUCACAGGCUGAACAUGAGCCACCAGAAUUUGGCGCUGCUGCUGAUGGUGAUGCGGAUCGUAAUAUGGUCCUCGGUAAAAGGUUUUUCGUGACUCCAUCUGAUUCAGUUGCUAUUAUCGCUGCAAAUGCAGUCCAGUCCAUACCUUACUUCUCAUCUGGUCUAAAGGGAGUUGCCAGGAGUAUGCCUACAUCAGCUGCUCUUGAUGUUGUAGCCAAAAAUCUGAACUUAAAGUUCUUUGAGGUGCCCACUGGAUGGAAGUUCUUUGGUAACUUGAUGGAUGCUGGUAUGUGUUCAGUUUGCGGUGAAGAAAGUUUUGGAACUGGCUCAGACCAUAUACGCGAGAAAGAUGGCAUAUGGGCUGUUCUAGCUUGGUUAUCUAUUCUUGCUUAUAAGAAUAAGGAGAAUCUCGGUGGGGGAAAGCUUGUGACUGUUGAAGACAUUGUGCGCCAGCACUGGGCUACCUAUGGAAGGCACUAUUAUACACGAUAUGAUUAUGAGAAUGUUGAUGCAGGUGCAGCAAAGGAUCUAAUGGCAAACUUGGUCAAAUUGCAAUCUUCUCUUAGCGAAGUUAACAACAUUGUGAAAGGAAUAAGGUCCGACGUGUCAAAUGUUGCAAAUGCCGACGAAUUCGAAUACAAAGAUCCCGUUGAUGGUUCUGUCUCGAAACAUCAGGGGGUUAGAUAUCUCUUUGAAGAUGGAUCACGACUGGUUUUCCGUUUAUCUGGAACUGGCUCCGAGGGUGCUACUAUUCGUCUUUAUAUCGAGCAGUAUGAAAAGGAUUCGUCUAAAAUCGGAAGAGACUCUCAAGAUGCUCUUGCUCCUCUGGUUGAGGUUGCUCUCAAGUUAUCGAAAAUGCAAGAAUUUACUGGCCGAUCUGCCCCAACCGUCAUUACAUAGAUACAUACUGGUAUGACCAACAUUACAUUGGAUGUCAUGUGAAAUAGAAUAAGAAAGUAUUGACAUCACCCAGACUGUCUAAAAUGAUCCACAAAGCCUCCCCUUUCGGUGCUAUCGAAUCACCAUCUGAUAACGCAACCGUCAGAAAGUUUUGUUAUUCGGAAUAAUCUGCUUGUUGAUGGAGCAUUGCCCCCCCCCCCCCCGGCCCCUGUCAUCUGCAUGAUACAGUUUUUUCUUAUAUAUGAAUAGGUAAAUAAUCUGAUUGUAAACGGAAGGGGUAUGCGCACACACUAAUCACGAGUAUAAUUGUGUUAGUUGAGUAGUCAUCUUAGCGGAUACAGAGGAAAUGAUGAAAAAGAUCACUAAACAUAAGGAAAGAAUAUUUGAAUCUAUGGAACUGGUAUUCUAAUUUUGAGACA